AUGUUGGAGUUCCUCGCGGAACAGCGAAGUUGUUUCGAUGCUGUUUGGUUCAACUUCGUGAGACUUGGAAAAGGAGAGGAAAACAAUUCUAAAGUGGGAGAUCUACUCGACCUCAAGUUGCUAGUCGAGUAUCAGACUGAUGCUCAGCUACACGUGAAUAUAUAUGAUGCCGGCCUUGAUGUAUACCAAAUCCAGGAGUAUAUACUUCCCAGACCUUCCAGCUAG